AUGACUGUGAGCGAGGGGUCGCGGGCGGUGCGCGUGUCGUGGGCGGCCCCCGACCCGCCGCCCACCUCGUACGUGGUGCAGUUCCGGCGCGCCCUCGAGGGCUGGGGCGAGGCGCGGGAGGUGUCCGUGUCGGGCGAGAGCGUGUCGGCGGGCGUGGAGGUGUCGCCGCUCCUGCCGGCCACCGACUACGUGGUGCGCCUCGUCGCCGUCAACCACCUGGGGAGGUCGCCGCCCUCGGAGGACCUGCGCCUCACCACCUCCGCCGAGAAGCCCGGCGCGCCCCCCAGGGACCUGCGGGCGGAGGCCACGGGCCCCAGGGAGGUCAGGGUGUCGUGGCGCCCCCCGCCCAGGGACAGGGCCUACGGCGUCAUCCUGGGCUACUACCUCGGCUACACGCCCGUGCUGCUGCAGAGCGGCGCCUCCGGCAGCCCCCAGUACAACUUCACGACGGUGGAGAGCUCGGAGGGCGGGCGUUCCGGGCCUGAGGGCGAGGGCACGUGGAGUGUGACGGUGAGCAGCCUCGACCCGCACACCGACUACCACGUGGUCGUCCAGGCGUACAACACGGAGGGCGCGGGGCCGCUGAGUCCCCCUGCGACGGUCACCACCAGAGAGGACGCACCCGGCGGAGCUCCCCAAGAGGUGAGGUGCACAGGCCUCUCCUGGGACAGCGUGCAGAUCAGCUGGUCUCCUCCCGAACCCCACCUCCACCACGGCACGCUGAGGGGAUACAAGAUCGAGUACGAGCGGUGGGACGGCUGGAGCGAAGCCAUCAAGAAGUCCCAGACGAACGGCGCAGACGCGGUGCUGACGGACGGCUGGAGGCGGCCACCAACUACAGUGUGCGGGUGAGGACCUUCACGGGCGCCGGCGACGGGCCGUGGGCGGCGCCCGCACUCUGCACCACCGAUG